AUGCAAAAUUCUGCUAUAUCGGAUGCGAUUUUCCAGUUCGCCCUGACAAGUCUGCAUAAAUAUGCGACAAUCAAGUCACAGGAAGAUUUUGUUUUUAGUCCGUACAGCAUAUAUCAGGAACUUUUCUCGGCUUACCUUAUCUCCAGUGGUGAUAUUGAACAGCGUUUAAAGAACAUUCUUUAUUUACCGAAUGUCUCGAAGUAUGAGUUGAUGAGAAUCAUUAAAUUUGAUAAAUACUCUGCAAUACAUCAUAAAUACUCUACAAAACAGCCCGCACAGGAUGAGGAUGCUGCCUCUAAUCAGCCUAAACUGUACGCGAUUGACAAUAAAUGUAUUUUUUUAAACACAACACUUCGUAGAAACAUCGAAAUAAUAAGAAAACUGUACAAUCGUGGAUUCACAUCUAAUGAGAGCAAUGAUAUUCAAGAUAUAAAUAGAAAAAUCAAUCAAAUUUUAAACAAACUGACAAAGGAUUACAAUCAUAAACCGUUGAAAUUAGAAAUAAAAAGAGAAAGUGUGGACAUUAUUUUGAUGAAUGUACAUAAUUUCCACGGUCAAUAUCGAUUAAACCCACAACCGACAAGUAAUGAGAUAAGUCUCGAUUUCGCCCGAUUACUAUCGAAUACGUCUUCUGAUCUAAGUUUUAAAACGUUUUCCAGUGAUGAAUUACAGAUAAACGUAAAAGAGUUAAUCAUCAAAGAACAUUUCACGUCGCUGUAUAUAUUGACACCUUUUUCAUCAAUCACAAACGAGAGAGUUAAAACUGAUACGAGCAGCACUAACCUUUCCAGCUUGAUUGAAAGAUUGUCAACCAGCGAAGGAAUGCGUAUACUUCGGAAAUUGCUGUUUUGUGUAGAAACACGUGGAUCACUAUCUUCCGCUACUUGGCCGACCUUUAAAAUUGAAAAAAAUUUAGAUAUGCAAGUUCUGUUGCGAGAACUAGGCGUCGAACAGUUAAUGACGUCCGACGCGAUUCUUUUGGACAACACCUUCGCGGAAGACAAUCAAUUCGUGCACUUCGGCAAUGCCGUGCACCGUGCUCGUGUCAAGGUCACGCAAGAGGACGUCGAGGCGAUUGCAGUAACCGUGAUUAGCGGACAGAAACCCUGUUCGAACGACAUUAUAACCGGCGUGGAUACCAAUUAUCCAUUUCUUUGGUUUAUUUACGACAAAAUGAACGCAGAUAUUCUUUAUAUCGGCGUUUUUAAUAAAGUCAAUAAGCACGUUUCUCAAACAAAAUUGACAGGUACAAAUUGAAUCCAUCACAUGAUUUGCUCGUUCUAAGAGUUUAUUUAAAGUCUUCAUCAUUAUGAUAACAAAUUUAAGGGAAGCCAGUUUCAAAGGUCGAAGCUACUUUCAAAGGUCGACAUCAAAUCGUUUCUCAAUCAACAAGUGGAUUGACUAAUGCACCAAGUCUGUUUUUUCUGAUCUAAAAUUUG